UGGGAUUUAUUAUACCUGUUACUAGGAAUUAUAAAAAAAGUCAUGGAAUUUAUUAAGCCGAGAAGUUUUAUCUAGUGUUUUGUUUCUUGGUUUUACUAAUCCCAUGACUAAAAUUCACAAUAGUUUGCUUGAGAACAAUAAAGCAGCACUCUUAUUUUCAGUAAUAUUUUUACUAGAAAUUACAAAUCUAUAUAAUAAUUCAUGGGAUUCAGUAAGCUGCAAUUUAAUUUCAAGUAACCAUAAUUGCAAUGUACAGAUGCGUCCGCACCUGAGCCUGAUCCAAGCGAUCCAAACGCUAUCGAUACACACCACACAUAUUUAGAUCCCGUAAGGAACGAUCACUUCUUACGUGAUCUAAAUUUGCGUGGCACGCUCCAAUCGCACUUGGAUUGCUUGGAUCAGGAUCAGGGCGGCUACCGGGAAAAUCGAAAUUCGUCAAUUGGGGGCAUUUUUCUCUGUCACUCUAAUUACGUGUUAGUGGGAGUAAAAGAGAAAGAUCCCCGCAAAUUGCGAAUUUCGGUUUUGUAAAUUCGUACGUAAGUGUGACAGGGUGGCAAUACGUCGAACGUGGUUCGCGGUAAGCCCUCAGGUACGAGUGCUUCUGUAAAUUGCAAUUAUGGUUACUUACAUGUCGCUAGCCCAAUUUUACAGGUUUCUUUGUUAUAAGUUCAACGUAGUUAAAAUUAGACUUAGUCAUAGUGACAUGACAACGUUCAAAUUUCAAAUCGUCAAAAGUGAAACCUAGAACUGUAAUAUUGAGCUAGUGAAGUGACACUUGCAUAGCUUUUCAGUAUGCAGUUUUACAGGGUACAAGGAGCGAAUUGUUUAUAUUUUGACAGCUACUCUUCGAAUAAUAGGAAAUGAUAAAUUAAAUCUAAGUAAGGGCUGUAUGAAUGUAACAACGUGAAUGCAAUAUGUAACUAGUAACUGUAAAAAUAAAACAGGCAAUUAAAGUUUAAAUAAAAUAUUAAGUAAUUAAGUAACUUUAUUUCAAGUUACUUAAUUAUUAAUUUGUGUAAUAAUAUUAUAGGACAUUAUUACACAAAUUGACUAAGUCCCACAGUAAGCUCAAUAAGGCUUGUGUUGAGGGUACUUAGACAACGAUAUAUAUAAAUAUUUAUAAAUACUUAAAUACAUAGAAAACACCAAUGACUCAGGAACAAAUAUCCAUGCUCAUCACACGAAUAAAUUCCCUUACCAGGAUUUGAACCCGGGACCAUCGGCUUCGUAUAGUCUGUUCUUUUAUUCCGUAGACUAAAAUGACUACCACAAAUGUCAAACGUAUAAAACGUAAAAAAAUAUGUGACCAGCUUAUAACAAAUAGUGCUGAUCUUUGAUUUCAGUUUGUGAAUAACCGAUAAAUAUUAAAUUCAUUUUAGAUCCAAAAUAAACAAUUAAUGUAAUCUACUCACUACAUGAUAGGAAGUAAACAAUAAAUAAAAUCUACUCACUACUAAUCCACUCAAACAUUUAAAAAUUGCAUUAUGAGCUUCGAGGUGACUGUUAAUCUUACAAUAAAAUCGCUUUUAAAUAUUAGAAAUAUUGUGUUUAGACCUGGAUACAAACUUUCUAAAUGCUUCAAAAUGGUGUUACUUGCCUAUUAUAAGUAACUCUCAAUAGUUUAUUUUCGGUGAGUACCGGUUGUAGCACAUCACUAUUUAUAUGACUUAAAAAUCCAGCAACACAUGAAAUGUCAUUUUAGUCAACGGGAUAAAAAAAUAAACUAUAGGCAGGGUCAAUACCCACUAGGCCAAACUGGUCGUCAUCACCACCACACCACACAUGGUGGUGGUGUCACGUUCUAACAUAGUUGUUAGAACGUGACAGGCAUGGUAACAAAUGAUAGGAUCUUAGCCCUACAAGAUCACCUGACGGCGGUCACCGUAGAAAAGACUGGCGGGCCGCAGAUAUUACUAAACAGUCUGAGCCUGCUGAUAGAUAUGAUACGGUUUACUAACAUAGCUGUAAGAUUGGUCAUCGGAUCGCAGCCCACAAUGUACGCAUCAGGAAACUACCCCGCGGCCGCGAACGUUUUGCGAAUGGUGACGUGCGCGCUCAUGAUCGGCACGCUGGUGGCGCAGUGCGAGCGCGCGUACAGGCAGCGCGACACCGCGCUCGCCGUCAUCGAUCACAUUCUUGUCGGCAAGGACCCUGAUGCUGAUCUAAGGUCAGAGCUGACCGUACUCCGAGGGCUGAUCCAAUCACGACCCAUCCAGUUUCAUACUGCGUUCUUCUUCCGUCUUGAAUAUGGCUUUCUCGCUUCCAUGAUGUCUGUUAUGGUUACAUACACUAUUAUUUUAAUACAAAGUGUAAACUAAGAUGUUAUUUUAAUAACCCUUUAACUGUAAACUUUUCAAACAUACAAUAAAACACCCUACUAACUAAGGAGACCAUUAAGAUAAUUAUUACGCAUUUUUACUACAUUUCUCUUCAGUGUCAGUCAAGUUAUGGCAGCAGUCAUGGUUGUUUUGUUUGUAUUUUGGUAUUAUAUAGGUAUCUAUCGAUUUGAUAAAAACUUCAUAGGCGCUUCACCGCACCGUGUGCUAGUGUGCAUUAUGUAUGCCAGGGUCGCAAUACUAAUUAGCACUUAGAAUAAUAAUAUUUACCUAGGUCAUCUUUCCUAAAUGAAAAUUAUAGAAAGUGUAGUAAUUGUAGUAUAUGCGUAAUACGAUUUACCCGCCAACCGCUCUCCGUUUCGUUGACAUUGUUGACAAGCGCCGCACUGAACGGCCGAACGCACGGUACAUAAGUACUAACUAUUGUUUUAUUUAACCGCCCUGGCCUGUGUCCCAAACGAAAGCACAUACGCUACAGAAAGUAAUAGAAAAGACAAUUUCUAAUGGCCUGUGACAUAGACUGAAUAAUACGUUACCUUCAAACUAUCCAACUUUGCCUACA